CCACAGAACAUCUGUCAUUUUUCCAUCGAAAACUUUGGAACUGUAUAAACAUUACAAUUUUUAAAUAGGUAAUUCUAUAAAAAUUCAUGAUUAUUAUUUGUAUUCGAAAUGGAAGACAUAUGUCGCCUAUGUUCUUCUACAAAAUUUGUGAACAAUUACAUUUUUGACGAAGAGAAAGCGUUAUAUUUAAAGAUGUCAUUAUAUCUGCCGAUAAAGGUUUUUAAAAACGAUCGCCUUCCUAAGAAAAUAUGUGAUAAGUGUAGUUGCAAAGUGAACGAUUUUUAUCAAUUUUGCAAUGAAACAAUUGAAGUCGAAACCAGAUUACGUAAACUAAUUUCAUCAGAUUUAACGGUUACCAUAACAUCUAACACACCAAAAAGGGACCAAGCAGCAUACAGUCAAUACAUAGAUGAGUCAACACAAACAGAAGACUUUGAAGUUAAAGUUAAAAACGAACCAGACAGGUCGCCUUCUCCAAUAAAGGAAGAAAAUGAUUACCCAGACAACGACUAUGUACCAGAUCAUAUAUCAGAUGAUAGUGAUGAUUAUCUCCUCAUUAACAUAAAAAAGAACAAAAAACACAAAAGGAAAGACGAGAAAAAUGGACAUGUACAAACUAAAAAGCAAGAUCGUAAACGAAAAGACGAUCUUUCUAAUGAUCAGAAUUUAGCGUCAGAAUUAAUAGACAAUAAUAUAAAACAUGAGGAAGUUAACUUGGAUAUAGUUAAAGAGGAAUCAGAGGACGAUUUUUACUUAGAGAGUAAGGAGGAAGCUGAAGUUUUUUACUGCUGUAUAUGUUUCACUAAGUGCUUGACGCGGCCUAUUAUGCUACAACAUUAUAAAGAACAUGCAAGUAAAGCGGAAAAAUUAGAUCCACCUCCCGCACCUCCAUUCCCUGAACAGUCACCACAACGGUGUUUGAGAUGUCAGAAGAUAAUAACAGACCCCAAAAUAUGGGAGACUCACUGGCAGGGCCACUGGGAGAGGGACAGGAGGCCCUACAGGUGCUCCCUCUGCGAGAAAACGUUUAGGGAUCACCACAGCAUACUUAAACAUGGUCUAGCUCAUAAGAUGCAGUAUGAUUCUGUGGAUGGUACGAAAGCUCCGAGUGCUCCCGCGAAGCGGUUCGUGUGCGAUUUGUGUCCCGAAGGAUUCGUUUAUAUGCGGUGCCUCCUAGCGCACCGCAGCAGCGCGCACCCAGAGUCCGCCAGCAGAGCCCUAGCGCUCCGCUGCGCAGUCUGCGCACGUCAGUUCGCGCACUUGAACUCGUUGCGUCGUCACCUGCGAGCACAUAGCGGGGAACGGACGCACUUGUGCAGCGUUUGCGGGAAAGUGUUGUCUUCACGCGAGCAUCUCAAGUUCCACGUGCGCAUACACACCGGCUACAAGCCCAACGUGUGCAAGACAUGCGGCAAGGGCUUCGUGAAAAAGUGCAACCUGACGUUGCACGAGCGCGUCCACUCGGGUGAGAAGCCGCACGUGUGCUCACACUGCGGCAAAGCCUUCUCGCAGAGAUCCACACUUGUUAUACAUGAGAGGUACCACAGUGGCGCUCGGCCUUACAAAUGCGGGGUCUGCGGGCGCGGCUUCGUCGCCAAGGGGUUACUAUCGAUGCACCUCAAGAGCUCGUGUGUGGACCUCCCCCCACCCGCCAGGGACAGCCCUGAUACCAAGAUCGGGAGGGUGCAAGUUAGGUUACUGGAGCGGCCGUAAGCUAUGUAUCAAAAUUUAGUUUUAAGAUAUUUUAAUUUCAUUUAUAAGUGAUGUAAAUCAUUAUUUUAUUUUAAUUGUGUGCAACUAUUACCUCAUAAUGUAUUGUUCCUUUCAUUUCUACAUUUUUUUAUAAAACUAUAUAUUUGUAUUGUAGAAAACGUUAUUAAUUAUGAAAUUUAGGCACCGGCUAUUUUACUUGAAUCGUAAAAGCUGAAUACGGAAAAUUAACAAAUCAAUUUUAAAAAUUAUGUUUCUUUUCUAUUUUUUGUUUCAAGGCUUGCCAUGCCUGAUCGGCUUAUCAAGAUAGGGAUAAUAAAUGUCCAAACAACGGUCGUUUUGAAUAUUCAUUUUAAUAUUUCCGAUAGAUCUUCAUCUUGCUGUAAAUUAUGUAAUUUCAAAUUAUAUAUUUGCGAGAGAAACCGCGGUAUACAGCUAGUUAUUUCCAUGGCAACCCUACAUAAAAACGAUAAACAUUUAUUUGGAUAUUUGGUGUGUUCGUAUUGUUUUAUAUAAAAAAAUGGUAUAUGCGGGUAUAUGCGUGUACUAAAAUCAUAUAUCAGUAUUUGACAUCACAAUUAUAAUAUUUUUGUAAAGUAUAAGACUGACAUAAUUUAACUGCAGUUUUUGUUUAAAUAAUAAUGGUACGAGAGUAUUUGGAAUAUAUAAAUAUCUUAACGCUUAAUAUUAUAAAUACUUUGCAAAUUAUUCACAACGUAAUGUGAUGAAAAAUCAAAAUGGUAAACGUUGUUAUUUUCUUAACUACAUACAAAUUUCUGUUCAGUCAGUUAAUGUUCCUCGAGGCGUAUUUAAAACAGUUAUUUUAUCACAAACAAAAGUUUUUAAUCAUUUAUAUGUAUAUUUUAAAGAUCAUUAAAAAAUUUUAUAUAAAGAUCAUGAAAA